AUGGCGACGAUAGGAUCGGCAGUGAUCCCCGAAGGGCCAAUUAUCCCCAGACCGAUGAAGUCUAAACGUAGGAUAUUUCCUUCUGAAUCCUCACUCAUUCUCUUAGGAUGUCGUGGUGCUGGGAAACGGACUUUGGGGUUCAUCGCUGCUAGACAUCUUGGCCGGCGGCUUGUCACAGAGGAUCAUGCUUUUGAACAAGCUACUGGAUGUAGCAGAACUACAUACUUGCAAAAAUAUGGACGAGAAGCUUUCAGUCAACAAAUGGCGAUUGUGGUUGCUGGGAUGAUAAAGGUGAACAGAGUCAACUGUGUUAUAGAGUGUGGCACUGGCACCUUGUCCCCCGAUAUAGAGAAGGUACUCUUGACAUAUAUUGAUACAAAUCCCAUCAUUUAUAUUCAUCGCGACAGAGAAGAUCUAUACAAGCUGCUGGAUCUACCAUUAGCCGAUGCGGAACGUCUUCUUGCCGCUGAUCAAAGACAUCGUGAGUUCUCCAACCUCGAGUACUUCAAUCUUUUCGACCCUAGCAGCGAAGGCCAGCCUACAGAUGAUGGUGCACUCCGCUCCGCAUCCACGAGCCCUGCUAGGUUCAUAGGUGCGAAACAAGACUUGAAGAAAUUUCUUGAUCACAUCCUCGGAAAAUGCCUGACACGUUCGUGGGUAUCAAAUCCUUUCUCCAUGGCAGCUGUACCGCCAGAAUACCGAACUUACACAUUUGUUUUCUGUCUACGGCUCUCGUCAUUACUCAGCAUGGAUGUCGAUCUAGCCACAUUUGAAGCCCCGGGUGAAGCCGUGGAGCUCAUAGUUGACACUUGGCCAAACAACGUGCUUGAUAUAAUUGCGGCCCAGGUAGCUUUGAUCCGUCGCAAAUUGGAUCUCCCAAUCAUUUACAGCGUGGAGGAGAACCCGCGAGAGGAACGGAAAAGAACUUUAGAAGAAAGAGACGCUAUGGACCUUAAGUUGUUGCUACUGGGUAUUCGGCUUGGGGCUGAAUAUCUAAGUCUUGAUCUCGAAAGAAGCUCCGGUCUCGUUUCUCAUGUGCUUGCUACCCGUGGUAGAACUAAGAUAAUCGGGAAUUUUCUCGUAAAGGGGUUCGGCGCACCUCAAUGGACCGACGAGUCAUACUUCGAACGCUACCUACUUGCGCAACAACUCGGAUGCAACAUAGUUCGGAUUGCUCGGUUCUGUGCCGUGGACAGAGCCGACUAUGCUCGAAACAUUCUUAUGGAAAAGAUCAAUGCCUUGCCUGACCCAAAGCCCUGCAUAAUCGCGUACGAUUACUCAGUUUUUGGUGUGGUGGACCCUUUUCAGGGUAACUGUAUGAACCCCGUUGGGCACGAUUUGCUUGAGAAAUCGUCACGGGAGCAAUUAGUCGGCGUUAGCACAACGCGAGGCACACUACGCAGUAUUUUUCGAAAGGGAUUGUUACAACCGCUCAACUUUUACACGUUAGGGUCCAAUGUGUACUAUUCGGCCUCCCCAUCCAUGCAUCGAGCAGCAUACGAGCAUUACAUGAUGCCACACACCUUUGAAGCGAAACGUUGCACAUCUCUGGAAGAAGUUGACAGAAUUCGACGUGAGUCUGGCUUUGGUGGUGCUUCGUUAGCAGCGCCUUUCAAAGUUGCCAUAAUGUCGCGUAUUGAUCAUCUCAGUUCCCACGCUAUUGCAAUCGGUGCAGUCAACACCCUUCUCCCAUUACGUGGGGAUACAGACUCAAUCUUAGACCAUGCCAAUUCUCGAAAUAGGUCUGGCCUUGCAAGUAGGUUUUAUGGCGAUAAUACGGAUUGGAGCGCCAUCGUGACUUGCUUACGUCGAGCUAUCAGCCCCAGAAACUCGGUACAGCCCUCUCGAACGACAGCCCUAGUGAUUGGAGCGGGAGGUAUGGCUCGAGCAGCCAUCUAUGCGUUGAUACGACUGGGUUGUCGGAUUAUUUUCAUUCACAAUAGAACAACGAGCAAGGCAAUGGAAGUUGCGGCGCAUUUCAACCAAUAUGCUACGGAGCAGAAGCUCUUUAGCCGCCGAACCGAAGAACAGAUUUGCCGUGUAAUCGAUUCACCCAGCGACCCAUGGCCAGAUGAUUAUCAACAGCCAACCAUGAUCGUGUCUUGUAUUCCGGCAUCCGGGACGGAUGACAAUCCGCCAGUAGACUUCAGAAUGCCAUCGCAGUGGUUGAAAAGUCCUACUGGCGGUGUAGUGAUCGAGUUAGCAUAUGAGCCUCUCAUAACACCCUUGGUUAUCCAGGUGCGCAAGAUUCGCGAACUUGGCAACACCUCGUGGGUUAUUAUAGACGGCUUAGAAGUGGUAAGCGACAUGGCCAUGGAAGCUUUUGAGUUGAUGACUGGUCGUCAAGCACCCAGGAGGCUUAUGCGACGAAUCUGCAAUGAGACUUGGGAGAAAACGAGCGCACCGUUCCAGCCGCAGGGGAGAUAACUACGGCGAGACAUUUACUUCGAUAUUUUAAUGCUUUACGCGGCCUUGAGGGGCUCACAGAUGCUCUAGUUCUAUCAAGCUAGACGAGUAUCACGAAAAUGAUGGAAGAAAGAGAACCUAUCUUGAAGUUCUGGGCCAAAGUCCAGACUUUGUUCGAAAUUACAGUAUGUUCCUAGAUACCUAGGUACCUGACUAAUAAGUCUCUUUAAGCAAGAGGACAGCUUAUAUCCUAUUCAUAUGAUAUCAUGCCCUGCGAUUGCACAUAGGACCUCUUGCAAAUAGCCUAUAUUUGGAUCUAAUUGAGGUCAAGCCGAGA